UACAGUUCUGGAGGAUGUGCUGAAAACCAGAGAGGGAGGACCGCUGCCCAAGACCCUGACUGAGAUGUACAUCCACUUCCUGGUGGUUCAGUCCAAAGUGAAGAAGGUCAAGUAUGAUGGAGGAACUAAGACAAAUCAACCCUGGAGUCUAGAGAGCAGGAAGCUGAUCAAGUCUCUGGGAAAACUGGCUUUUGAUCAGCUGCAGAAAGGAAACCUGAUCUUCUAUGAAUCAGACCUGACAGAAUGUGGCAUCGAUAUCAGAGCAGCCUCAGUGUACUCAGGAGUGUUCACACAGAUCUUUAAAGAGGAGAGAGGGCUGUACCAGAACAAGGUGUUCUGCUUCAUCCAUCUGAGUGUUCAGGAGUUUCUGGCUGCUCUUCAUGUCCAUCUGACCUUCAUCAACUCUGGAGUUGAUCUGUUAGAAGAAGAACAAACAUCAUCUCUGCUGUCUAAAGUAAGACCCAAAUCUAAACUCAAACAUCUCCAGAGUGCUGUGGACAAGGCCCUAAAGAGUCCAAAUGGACACCUGGACUUGUUCCUGCGCUUCCUCCUGGGUCUUUCACUGCAGACCAAUCAGAGUCUCUUACAAGGCCUGCUGACACAGACAGGAAGUUGCUCCGAGACCAAUCAGGAAACAGUCCAGUACAUCAAGAAGAAACUCCGCAAGAAACUGCCUGCAGGGAAAUGUAUUAAUCUGUUCCACUGUCUCAAUGAGCUGAAUGAUCGUUCUCUAGUGGAGGAGAUCCAGCAGUCCCUGAUUUCAGGAAGUCUCUCCAAAGAUGAACUGUCUCCCUCUCAGUGGUCAGCUCUGGUCUUCAUCUUACUGUCAUCAGAAGAUCAGGAUGUGUAUGACCAAAAGAAAUACUCUGCUACUGAGGAGGCUCUUCUGAGGCUGCUGCCAGUGGUGAAAACUAAUAAAUCUCAGCACGUUGAUAGAAGUCUGGAGCAUCCGAAACAACCAAAGAGAGUGGACCAGAGCACAGAGCAGGUGUUAAGGUUUGCACUGCAAAAAUACUUCUGCGAACUGGAACUGGACCCAAACACAGCGCACAGAAACCUCAAACUGUCUGACAACAACAGGAGGGUGACACAUGUGAGAGCAGUGCAGCCAUAUCCUGAUCAUCCAGACAGAUUUGAGUAUUGGAAUCAGCUUCUCUGCAAACAUGAGCUUACAGGUCGCUGUUACUGGGAGAUUGAGUGGAGAGGAGUGGUUGACGUCGCAGUGACGUACGGACAAAUCCGAAGGAGAGGAGACGGCGAUGACUGCAAGCUUGGAUCCAACGAUCAGUCUUGGAGUCUGAACUGUUGUGAAGAUGGUUACCGUGCUUGUCACAACAACUUUAGGAAGGACGUAGAUUUGGCCCUACCCUCCUCCUCCUCUGUCUCUAACAGAGUAGCAGUGUAUGUGGACUGUCCUGCAGGCACUCUGUCCUUCUACAGAGUCUCCUCUGACAAACUCGUCCACCUCCACACCUUCAACACCACAUUCACCGAACCUCUUUAUCCUGGUUUUGAAGUGUGGUAUGGGUCUUCAGUGUCUCUGUGUUCAGUGUAGGAGGGAACGUUUCCACAUAUGUGGAAAAAUGUUCCAACUGUUGGCUGACUGCAGCUGCUUAGACAAGCUAAGAAGAGAACCAUGUAGAGAUAUUUGUCUGUUCAAAUGUUAUUUUCAAGGGCAGAAAUGUUUUUAAUGUAUGAAAUUAUCAACAUAGAAAAUCAGUGAAAUUUGAUGUCAUGUCAAUGUGUGUGUGUGUGUGUGUGUGUGUGUGUGUAUGCUGAUAAUAAUGUAUAUCUUCAUAAAUGAUAAAGUGUCAUCACGUGGCCCGGGCAUUAAAGACGGUCAAACUGUUAUUUUUUCUGUUGGCAGAAUACCCACUCAUAGUAAUCGAAGUCACGUGUCAUACAUGCCUUACAGUCUCUUAUCACAUGAAAUUAUGGUACUGCAGUAUCGGCAGCACAUUGUUUUUCAUAGUAUUCUCCUCCCACAGAGAUAUUGGUGUAACUAUAACAGGUUAUAACAGGUUCUUCCAGAAAUGUUUUUAAAGGAUUUCUGAUCAUCUGAAGUCAAAUGAUGGCUGGAUGUCUGAGCAUUUCCUUUUUUUCCAUUAAAUUUUAUAUAAAAUGUUUAUUGUAAUUAGUAUUUUUGAAAGCGUAUCUGAAACUGUUGUCAGAAUGUGUCUGUCCUCUGUCUUAUGUACUGUCUGUCAUACAUAGUUAUUGGUAAAGCCACUGUGUACAGUAUGUAUAUGCAAAUUUACUUCAGUUUUACUAAAUGCUGAGAUGUGUUUAAAUACUGAGUGUUUUUGAGAUUUUAUUUCUGUUAUGAAAUGAUUUAGGAUUCAGUACGGUCAAGGUCAGAGGUCAGGUUUUGUAAAAAUCUAGUGAGUGUGAUAACUCACAAAGUCACCUUCCUUCUUAAGGGGUGGUUGUGGCCUAGGAGGUGGAGCAGGUCAUGUAGUAAUCAGAUGUUUGGUAGUUGGCUGCAAAUAUCCUUGGGCAACAUACUAACCCCAAGUUGCUCUCGGAGUGAAAGAAUGAGAUUGCGGAUAUAGGAAGCUUUCUCCGAAGAGUGGCUGGCCCUUAGAGAUGAGGUGAGGAGUUCAGUCAGGAUAGAGCUGCUACUCCUCUAUGCUGAAAGGAGUCAGUUGAGUUGGUUUACACAUCUGACCAGAUCUCUCCUGGUUCAUAUUGCUUCUUCACUGGACUAUAGUAAUUCACCGUUAAAAAAAAAUCCAGUUGAUCCAAACUGCUUGAUCCAGAUAGAGAGGGCAUAUUUCUCUUCAUCCUGCUCCUCACAUCCAAGGUUAUACAUUAUUACCCUGA